AUGAAGUUUAUAGACCAUUUACCAGUUGAGCUACCCUACCCACUCACUGGCCUAACAGAGGGUUUAAUUAAACUUCUUGAACAUCGCCGUGGCCAGGAUGACGCAUAUAUUGGAUGCAUGAAGUCAGGAGACGUGAUAUCAGAAGAGGGAAAGCCUUGGUAUGAACCUGAUUGGUGGAAAUUUGGGGAUGAAAAAUCGUAUUUCCGACAUGCAUCUGGUUCACUUGUUAUACUUUCAAAGAAUUUGGCACAGUACAUUAACAUAAACAGUGUAUCUUUGAAGACAUAUGCUUAUAAAACUACCUAUUCCAAAGCUGUUUGUAUUCAAACCGGCAUGCGAGGAAUGACUGCUAGAAAUGAACUUCGAUUCAGGAAGCGGACCCUAAGAAGACUGCGUAUCACUUUAGUAUCUUAA